GUGUUCUUCACGAGGAUAGCGGUGAGUCUAUGACUCUCGACUCGGUUUAAGUGUCAAAGAAAGUGGAAAAAAACAGUGAGGUUUUGUUUUCUUUUUGCCAAAGCAAACACGUGUCUCAGUCAGACGGGUGAGUGACCUCUGGAGUGGGCGGGGAAGAACAGCCACAGCUUUCUUGCGCGCCGUCGACUCGCCCGUCUGGUUCUGCCUCGUCUUUGCAGCGAACAUGGCCAAAUCUGCUGAGCCGAGAUCUUAUCUACUGCUGGAGAACUUCAUUGGGGGAACGUUCGUACCAUGUCAGCGUCACAUUGACUCCUAUGACCCGUCCACCGGGGAGGUCUACUGCCAAGUGCCUGACAGCGGUGCAGAAGAGGUGGAGUCCGCGGUGGCCGCGGCGAAGGCAGCGUUCCCGGCCUGGUCCUCCCGCAGCCCGGAGCAGAGAGCGCAGGUUCUCAACAAGCUGGCCGACCUGAUGGAAGCCCACCUGGAGGAGUUGGCUCAGGCUGAGUCCCGAGACCAAGGUAAAACCCUGGCUUUCGCCCGCACGGUGGACAUUCCUCGCUCCGUCCACAACUUCCGCUUCUUUGCGUCGUCCGUGCUGCACCACACGGACGACUGCAGCCAGAUGGCGCACAUGGGCGCCCUCAACUACACCAUCCGCUGCCCGGUGGGCGUAGCCGGACUCAUCAGCCCCUGGAACCUGCCCUUGUACCUGCUCACCUGGAAGAUCGCACCUGCCAUCGCCACCGGCAACACGGUGGUGGCCAAACCCAGCGAGAUGACCUCAGUCACCGCCUGGAUGAUGUGCAAGCUGAUGCAGCAGGCAGGUGUUCCCCCAGGUGUGGUCAACAUCGUGUUUGGAGUCGGCCCCCGAGCUGGCGAUGCCCUCGUGGGUCACCCAGACGUCCCACUUGUGUCCUUCACUGGCUCCACUGCAACUGCCCAGCACAUCACAACACGCAGCGCCCCCUACUGUAAGAAACUCUCGAUGGAACUUGGAGGCAAAAACCCAGCCAUCAUAUUUGCGGACGCAGACCUGGACUCGUGCAUCCAGACUACAGUCCGAUCCAGUUUCUCCAACCAGGGAGAGAUUUGUCUGUGCACCAGCAGGAUAUACGUGGAGAGGAGCAUCUACUCCGAGUUUCUGGAGAGGUUUGUGGCUGCAGCUAAGAUGUGGAAGACUGGAGCUCCGUCUGACCCGGGCAACAAUAAUGGAGCCCUUAUCAGCAAAGAGCAUCUGGAAAAGGUCCGCAGCUUUGUUGCGCUCGCCAAAUCUGAAGGCGGAGUAGUCCACUGCGGUGAAGGAGUGGACCCUCUGGAUCUGCCGGAGGCCAACAAAAAUGGCUACUUCAUGCCGGCCACCGUCAUCUCCGGUCUGGCCGAGAGCUCCAGGGUGAUGCAGGAGGAGAUCUUCGGGCCGGUCACCUGCGUCAGCCCCUUCGACUCCGAGGAAGAGGCUGUUGCUAAGGGCAACGGUGUGCGCUACGGCCUGGCGGCGACGGUGUGGUCCAGAGAUGUGGGGAAGAUUCACCGCAUGGCCAAGAGCCUGCAGGCAGGCCUGGUGUGGACCAACUGCUGGCUGCUGCGAGACCUGAACCUUCCCUUCGGUGGGAUGAAGCACUCCGGCGUGGGCCGGGAGGGAGCGAAGGAUUCCUAUCACUUCUUCACCGAGGUCAAGUGUGUGACCAUCAAACACUGAGCAGCCAGUUCCUGUAGAAAAGUGUUGAGAUGUUUCGGUACGACUGUGUCACAACUGCCUGAAAUAAAAUCACAACAGCUGGUUCGCUGUCAGAAGAUCUCGCCUCAUGAGUCAUGUGACAAGUUGCAUCACCGCGU